UGGCUCAAUAUAUUUAUAAGAAAUAUUUCCGUUUAUGACUAUGGACAUGUUGCUAUAGCAUUACCUUAUAGCUCAGCACAAGUCUUAACAUUUAAAUUGUGGAUUUCAUCUGAAGGUACGUUCUUAUUCUGUUACUGAUUAUUAGUCUAAUAAAUGUCAAAUUAACUUCUUAGGAAAUUAUAAGUUUUGUUAUUAUUAAAGGCAUCUACAUCUACACAUUUAAAUAUAUAUAUAUAUAUAUAUAUAUAUAUAUAUCAAAAUAAAAAAAAAUAUCUAUACUUAUUAUAUAUUUAUAUUAAAUAUCCAAAAUAAUAUUUUAAAAGCUAAUAUGUUUGAGGUUAUAUGUAAUCCAGCUAUAAAAAUAUUUACUUUCUUUAACUUACCUAACAAUGCAGAUAUAUGCAAUGAGACGAUAUACGACUAACUCAUACUUAAUUGUUAUCUCCAGGUCCAAGAAACGUUUCAUUUGGCUAUGCCAGGAAUGAGAAACCCAAUGAUUGGAAUCUUUUUUGUAAAGCCUACGAUUAUCCUAAAAUGAUUUCAAUCGGGAAAAAAAGUUUAUCUAAUCUUACGCUGGAAGUUUCGAGGAACACGAAACUAAAUUCAAGCCUAACUUUAAAAGCGUCUCCGAGGUCUUUUAAAUGUGAUGACAUUGGAACCUAUCAAUGUAACGUCACAAAUUUUCAAAAUAAAACAAAGUCAUAUGAACUUCAUGUGUUUUUGGAAAAUUGCACAGGUUUGAUCUAAACACAGUUUAAUUGUUUAGGAUAUGUAUUAGUUCAUAGUACAUUCUAUAUUUGCGAUAUCUUUAUACCAUUUUAGGGAAUACUCUAAUUAAUUAACGUCGUUUAAAAAAUGCAAUAUGUUUUUGUUAGUGGUUUGCUUUCCCUAAAUAGCAAAAAAAAAAAAAAAACAACCUAACAGACGUGUGGUAUUUUUAAGAAAUUCAUUUCGGGAAUUGAGUUGGGAAAAAGCAUAAGUGACAUUAGUUGUUAAUUGGAUUAUUAUGUAUUGAAAUUAAUAUUUAAUGAAGUUGCCUAUAUGCAUUUUAUUUUUUAAAAAAUUAGGUUUCCGAUAAUAAUGCUUACAAUAUAUUUUUUUUAUUCCAACAUGUUAUUUUACACAUUUUAUAUUUGACUACAACAAUUAACAAUAUUUAUAUGAAAGUAAGAUUUUUCAUUUUUAUUAAUAGUCUAGAGCAUUCGUCGGGAACCUUUUUGUCUAAGAGCCAUGGACACCACAUAUUUUGGAAAUUAAUUUUGUGAGAGCCAUACACUAUGUUUAAAACUAAAAAUUCAAGAAAAAUGUGCAUUUUGUGUAAUUUCAACACUAAAAAUGCAAUAAUUAUGUCGCUCAAUUCUUUUUAAUAACAAUGUUAUGCUGUUGUUAAUCAAUAAUGAACAUUUCUUACCAUUAAUGUAACUUUUUUUAAUAAUCGAACAUUUGUCUGCGAGCCAGAUGCAGCCAUCAAUAGAGCAACAUCUGGUUCGCGAGCAAUAGGUUCCCGACCCCUGGUAAAGAGUAAUGUGUUUCCACACAUUUAACACGAAGAAUAAAAUAACUAAAAUUAUCUUUUUAAUAAAUUUAUAAAACAGUAAAUACAUCGUUGUUUAAGUAUAACAAGUUCAAGUAAAUAUAUGAUAUAAUUAAAAGCUACAUUUAAAAGAUGCUAUUCAAACAUUAUUCCCAGUGUUUUUAUUUACACUGUUGCAUAUAAUAACUCAAAUCUUAACUCUAGCUCUUAGGUAUUUGUGUAAGCAAACAUCCUAAAACAAUCCCGCCAGGAGUUUCUCUCUUACUGUUUAUGUUUUUUCUCUAGUUUUAGCCAUUCGAUGUGACAAAGUAUAUCAAGCUCACAAAUCAAACGCAUGUGUGAUACAUUAUGCAUUACAUUUUGACAGUUGUUUAAGUUUGGUUUGCUUCUUUAAAAAAAUAUAUAUAUAAAAUUGAGGCUGUAAAUGUAUAUAUUUAAGUUGUGAAUUUAAACUGAAUUUACGUAGUUCAAGGGAUGUGUUGCAUCAUUAUGUAGUACGUCUUUACAAGUUACGCACAAAUGUUUAGUACAAAUAGCAUCGACCGCAGUGUUUCCUGUUAAACGCCCAUGUGUGUUGUUUGAUAAGAAACCAAAAUAAACAGCCUCUACCCACUCCCCAUUACGUUUUUAAAUUAAAUGUUUACAUUUUUAAAAGUAGAAAUAUUACUAGUUUUCAGCUUGUUAGUUAGGCAUGAUUUUGUAAGGCAAUGAGUUUACUUUAAAAUAAAAGGUUGUAAAUUUCUGGCAAUUCAAUGUGACAUACAGAGCCAUCUUAUAAGGCUCCUCUUCAUGUGUUUAAUCUGAGAAAUUUUUAUGAUAAAGAUGAUCUUGUGUUCUGAAAUGCGAUUUGAAAAAAAAUAAUUUUGAAACUUUCCCGGUUCAUUGAUGAAUGUUGAGCAUACCAGAAUUUCGUGAAUGCCUAAACAUACAAGUCUUGUUCAGUUUCACUCUUCCAUACUAGAGUAAAUGAGCUGAUGUUAUCGGGAUAAUAAUGUUAGAUCCUUUGCAAUAAUUUCUAACUGCUUUUGCAGAAACUCAUCCAAUUUCAUAACUUUUAAAAUGUAAUGAUAUUUACGUUUCUAACAGCAUUAAGUUUUGAGAAGUUUUUAUCUGCUAUAUAUGAUACAAAUACCCUACACCCUUUUACGCCCCUACUUUUCCCCUUCUAAAAAUAGCCUUAAAUUUCCCAGUCUAGAUUAUCAUUAAUUAUAUCACUUUUGUCACUAAAGAAGUUAUUUGAGGGACAACUACUAUGCAAGAGAAAUACUUUAGAUUUAACCCUUUUUGUGCCCUUGAAUUACAACUUUUUGAUUUCAAAAUUUAAAAAAACAACAAAAAAACAAUCUUAAGUUUACAACAAAAACUCAAUACAUGAUACAAAUAUAUUUUGUAGUUUAGGAAUUCGAUAUAUAAUGAUAUCUUCAUCAAAAAUGUUAACUCAUUUUUGCCUUUAAAAAAAAAUUAUACAUUAUCAGAAAAUCGUAAAACAAAGAAUUAUUUUAUGUAAGAGGAAUAUCGCAUCUGUUUUUCACGCCUAUAUUAGAUUUGAGUGUCUUUAAAAAAAAAAAAAAUUGUUAAUCUCAUUAAAAUACACACCUCUUUACUUUUUGCAAAGUAAAAUCAAAAAUAUAUUUUGAUUUGUUUUUAAAGAAAAUAUUAAACCAUCUUCAUUUUGUCAAAGUUUAAUUUUCAAGUGUGUAAAAUGAUUGGGCUUUGAUAUUGAAGGAUAAACUUAUAUAAAUGUACCCACGAUUUUUUAACGCCAUUAAUUUUCUUAAUGGCUAAACAUAUGUUUAUUUGUAAAAAGAGAAUAUAACAUCUCUUUUUUCCACAUAUGGAAUAACAUAGGAUUUAAAUAGGAUCUGCAAACUACUACCCGGCUAAAUCACUCCGACAACAUUAUCAUUGUUCCCUUUUCGUUUUUAUUUGGUAAACAACCUAAAGACCAGGCAGACGGAGCAGUUAAAUAUUAGAUACUCUCCUCUUUUAUGAAGCAAGAGGUAGGAAUAUCGUAAUAAAAUAGGUGUUACUUAAUUAGUGUAUCUGUAGAGAAUCUAUAAUAUCACAUUCCAAGAGGGUUAUCGUAAAACGUUAAAUAGUAACACAUAUUUUGCUCUGUCAACUGGGUAGAAUACAAUUGAGACUUAGAACAAAAGAUUGAUCUUGUACAAUGAUGCAAAAAAAAAAUGAUGCAAAAAAAAAGUUGUGUUUUAUAAAGAAAUCUGAAACUUUAUAAAUACUUUAAAACAACAAUAUACAAUAAGGAAUUUGACACAUCGUUUUAUUUGUUCACAUUUUUUCUUCAGUGGACACCUUAAAUUCUGUCGAGCGUGUAGCUUAACAAAUGUAAUAAAUGAUGCAAUGUUAGCACUUUCGGCAUCUUGCUUCUGACGCAAACUUAAAUGGAUUACUCAGCUCUGGUGAUAGCCUACUACUGAAUUUAACUAAGAAUUUUGUUUCGACUGACCCUGACAAGCUCUGUCAAAUUGUAUGUUUUCAUCUCUUGAGUCACGUGGGUGGCCAACCGUUUAUAAAUGUAAAUACAGUCCUUAAAAAUGUAAAAGAAAUGAAGUUUUCGGUAAAUCUCUGUACGAACUUUAUGAUGACAUAAAAAUUGAGACAUAAUACAAACAUAUUUUAAGCUUGUUUUAAAAUUUUAAGCUUAUAAUGCAAUAAAACGUACUAGAAUGUCAUACAAUAAGAUAACUUUUUUUUUUAAAAAUACGCUCACAUCUGACGUUUCCAUUGCAUAGAAUCAUAAACAUAGAAACAUACGUAUUUGAUAAUGAACAUAGUACAGACAGUCAUUAAAUAAUAGACAUAGGAAUAUUUAUUUUUUGUUAAAGCUUUUGUUGACCUUAAAUACAUCUUUUAAUGUUCCUUUUUUUUUCUUGAGUUUUUGUGUACUUGUUAGUAAAUUUUAAUUUAUUUAACUCUUCCUGUAUCACGCGAUGCUGCAACCAUCCCCUAGACACGUCCUGCUUGACUUUAAAACUAAAACAUAAAAGACAUUAAAAUAAUACAUUAUUCCUCGUCUACCUAUAAUUUAUUGUGUGUGUUGAAAGCAUUGCCAUUUAAGCAAACGGAAAUAAUAUUUUUUUACCCUCAGGUAUAAUGAAAUUAUGUGAUUGGCAGCC